AGAAACACUUUCCCUGUCAGACACCUGGCUGUUCGGUACAUUGUGAGGAGUUGAGGGAUGCAGCUGGUAAUUUUCUUCCUGUUGAUACUGACACACACAUAUGCAGAUUACCCUGCAUUAAAAGCUGUUCUGUCAGAAAAGGGUCUCAGAGAUGUGUCUCAAAUGAUGGCUGUUUGGAUACAAAACAAACUGAAGAGUACUGAAAUCCCAGAGGUCCGGGGUGGGGUGGACAUUGGGAUUGGCACUGUAGAAUAUGUCAUCUCAAACAUGCAGGUUGUGCAGUGCAGCAUGUCAGGCCCAUCAAUGGAAUUUGAAAAGGGAAUAGGUGUAUCUGUGGAAGUCAGUCAACUCUCAUUAGCUAUCACAGGCAGCUGGGCAACACAGUUUGGCAUCAUCCAUGAUGGUGGCUCAGUUGAUCUGGCUGUGUACAAUAUCAAAAUCAAAACCCUACUCGGGUUAGGGGAUGAAGCUGGCCGACUCUCCAUCACUACCAUUUCCUGUAGUGAUGACGUAGGAGGUGUGCACAUUCAGUUCCACGGAGGUGCUAGCUUUUUUUUCCAGCCAUUUGUAAGUGCUUUCCAAGGACAGAUCUCAGAGAUGAUACAUGUGAGGAUUUGUCCAGCAAUUCAACAAGCAAUCAGUGAAUUGGAGAAGAAUCUACAGGAAAUACCUGUCAACAUACCCGUGGAUCAGUAUAUAUAUCUAAGCAUCCUUCUCACAUCCUCCCCGGCUGUGACAGAUCGAAGCUUUGAAUUAGAUUUUAAGGGUGAGUUUUACAGCAUUAGUUCUCCAUCUGAACCACCUUUCUCUGCAAGCGCAUUUGACGUUAAGUAUGCGGAAAACUACAUGCUUUCACUGGCUGCAUCAGAGUUCCUUGUAAAUUCAGCAGCUUAUGCUUACCUAAGCUCUGAGGUUCUCCAAAUCAACAUUACAGACAACAUGAUACCGAAGAGUUUCCCGAUCCAUCUGAACACCAGCCAGUUCAGUGCUUUCAUUCCACAGCUGCGCACAUUAUAUCCCAACAUGGAGAUGCAGGUGCUCUUGUACGCCAGUAAGACGCCACUAUUCUCCUUCAGUUCAGGGGUGAUAGACAUUCACGUACCUGUUGCCGCAAAGUUCUCAGUUGUUAAACCUGAUGGCAUGCUGGUGCCUCUUUUCAGACUGGAUGUGGACGGCAGCUUCAGUGGAAGUGCUUUGAUUGACAAUAAACACCUUACUGGAGAUUUUAAAAUGAAAAAUUUAACAGUGACUGUUGGAUCAUCUGAGAUUGGUGAUUUCAAGACUGCCGGGCUCGAGCACAUAUUAGUGAUUGCAGUAAACAUAUUUGUACUUCCAAAACUAAAUGAUUACCUGAAGACUGGCUUUCUCCUACCCACACUGCAGGACUUUAGUUUGAUUAAUUCUAAAUUGCUCAUAAAAAAUGGCUUUGUGGUCAUUUUUUCUGAUGUUGAAGAUUCUUGGACAGUCUCAAUGAAAACUAAGGUCCAAACUUCUCCAAAUAAUCACUUCAAUGGAGUCAAUUUGCAUGCAUAAGUAAUCUGGCUUGCAAGGAAGGGUGGCGUGAUGUCUUUCAGCUAGAGUUUGGAGGAAGAUUAUUUGUUCUGUGACAAAUUUAUAUAUAUAUAUAU